AUGGAAUCCGUCAUUAAGUUAUUGCAUCAAGCUUGUAAGGACUAUUUCAGUGAGGAUGCUCCUUCUGAGAAGGACAUUGCCGCUGUACUUACUCGCCUGGAAGAGGAGUGGAAUCUUCCCUCCCCUCAGGGCAUUUUAGACCCCACUAGAUGGGAUGCAUUUACAUCCGCGCUUGCGCAGCGUGCGAUAGAGGAGCAGAAAGUUGCGGAGCUUAAAAUUUGGGGGUUGGUCCUCGGCGCUCUCCGAGCCGCGAGAGAAGAAGAUAGAAUUCCUGAAGCUGCGCGCGUUAUGAUGGGUUUGGAAUUUAAUAACACCGUGAGAAACGGCGCGGGAAGUGUACUUUCCUGCAGGUCCCCCGAGGAAGAGAACACCGCAAAUAUGCCCUCAGCUAUGGCGACUAACAUCUCGUUCGCACCUUCAGCACCCCCUUCUGCUCCCCUCUCGGCUCCAGCUUCGCAUAAACAAAUAGAAGAAGACUGCGCUGAACUGUCUGCACUUUUAUCUUGCAAAACGGCUCAAGUGCAGGAAUCCAAGGUCGCUGAAACUCCCCAGCCGUAUCCAGGACAACCGCUGUAUCCUUCUCUGUGUAACCUAACACCACCUGUGGGGGCAGGGAAAAAAGUGAGCUGGGAUGGGACACUUGCUGUCUCCUCUCAGGAGGUGGAAUGCAGUAACACCCAGGGGGGUGGGGACUGCGGGAAAGGCCUGGGUACGGAUUGGUCAAAAGUUAGGGAGGUAGUAGAAGAAAAAACAGCAGAGAGAAAGGGAAGCGAUGUAAGUUACAGGCGCUGGGAUGAUAGUGUCCGGCCAGCACUGUCCACCCUGACUGCGCCUGAAGGUGUAGGUGGCGUCCGGCUGGUGCCCUCUGCUCAGGUUGCACCCGAUGGAGAAAGAAAUAACGAUAGUCUCCGGACCCACUCUCUGCCACAGUGUUCAGGCCCAUUGACUCGACCCACACAUCCUUCUACAAGAUUGAGAUAAUUAUACGGUGAUUAAAGACCUAUCACCUACUCCAAGUGGGAUGAAUCUCGUUUUGGCUUACCAAGGAAGGACAUUGGUAAGGAACAUUUUGCAACAUGAUGACCUGCACCAGUUGCUGAAACGUGUCAGAGACAAUGGACAGAAAACCUUGAUCACCGUUCACCAUGACACAGAAGAGAUACAUCGUGUCCUAGAGAGAGUAAAGAAGGACAGAGAACACCACUGAUGGGAAGUGCUUCUGGGAUGGUCCACCAAAGCGACGAGAAUGUUUAAAUCUGUUUAACUCUAUUCGUUAUUCAGUUAUAGUUGUAUUAGGUCUAAUAUUAAUAGGCUUUACACUUAUAGUCAUAUUAUAUAUAGGCAUAUAGGUAUAUUACAUUUAUAAGCAUAGUUUAAGACAUUAGAGUAGGAUUAUUUGGCGAAUCGCGAUGUAACGGGGCAAAAGGCUUAACCGAGAGGACAAUGGCAUGUAUAGGCGCAAUGCGGGGAUUUCGGGGUGUACGCGGUUAGGGUCCUCUCGAGUUGUAGUAGAUUUGCUUGAGCUUAGGGAGGGGGAGAUGUAGUUAACAAAAUACGUAAGUUAGAGAUGUAGUCAACGAAAUACGUAAAGCGGGGGCUGUCAAGGUCACCAGGCGUAACCAGGCGUAAUCUGUGUGGGCCCCUUGCGUGGUUAGUUAAUACGUGAAAGGGGGGCUGUAACAGUCAUCAGCCUCUGCGGGGGGCUCCUUGACUCAUAAGAAAACCAUGAUGAGACAUGGCAAGACAAGACAUACCACAUGUCUAUUGGGCACAGAUAACUGUAGCAAGGAUGAUUGGUAGC